AUGGCACCCGUCCACCCACUGUCAGAGCUCAGCUUUGCUGAAACGCAACAAGCCAUCGCAAUCAUCAGAAAGUUACACGGUCACACAGAUCUUGUAUUCAAAGCCGUCACACUUGAGGAACCUAUCAAAGAACAAACGAUUGCAUAUUUGAAUGCUGAGCAGAAUGCAAAGCCUCUGCCGUCUAUUCCACGGACGGCAUUUGCAGCUUAUUACUUCAAGGGCACUGAUAGCUUUAUCACGACGUACGUCAACCUCAGUUCAGGCCUUGUUGAAAGGACUGAGCGCAUGAGCCCCGAAUAUCAUGGCAACGUGGACUUCAAGGAAGUCGUGGUUGUCGAGGAAAUGGUGAUGAAGGAUCCAGCGGUCGUCGAGCAUAUCCAGAAACUGCAGCUCCCUUCUCACCUCAUGGUGGUUCCUGAGGCCUGGGGUUUUGGAACCGACGGCCUGGACGAUGCAAGACGACAAUACCAGGUCUACAUGUUUGUGGGCGAGAAAUCGAAUCCUGACAGCAACCACUAUGCUCGUCCGCUGUCAUUUUCUCCCGUUGUCGACCCCGUUGAAAUGAAAGUCACCAGAAUCGAUCAGAUCCCAACUGGCGAAGACUGGAAGACCGGGGAGACUGGUCCAUGGCAAUAUAUCCCGCCUAAGGAGUAUGUGCCCGAAGAGACUACCCUCCGAAAAGGGUUGAAGCCUCUCCAAAUAGUCCAACCUGCCGGACCGUCUUACUCAAUCACUCCCGACAAUGUCAUCACAUGGCAGAAAUGGCACGCCAGGAUCGGUUUCAAUUACCGAGAGGGUGUCGUACUUCGGGACGUACGCUACGACGGGCGACCUAUCUUCUACCGAAUCAGUCUCAGCGAGAUGACCGUCCCGUAUGCUGAUCCACGGUCUCCAUAUCAUCGAAAGCAGGCAUUUGACCUAGGCGACGUUGGUGCAGGACUUGUCUCGAACAAUCUCAAGCUCGGCUGUGACUGUCUCGGCUCCAUCACAUAUCUCGAUGGCCUGCUAGUCUCCCCGGAAGGCGAGCCUGUGGUCAAAGAAAAUGCUGUGUGCAUCCACGAGCAAGACAAUGGCAUAGGGUGGAAACACUCUAACUACCGCACUGACCGCGCGUGCGUCGUACGAAACCGCGAACUUGUUAUUCAGCAGAUCCUGACCGUUUCUAAUUACGAAUAUAUACUUGCCUUCAUUUUCAACCAGGCAGGCGAACUCCAUUACGAGGUCCGCGCAACAGGCAUUCUGUCUACUGCUGCAAUCGACCCAGGCUGUUCAGUGCCAUGGGGAACCAUCGUCCACGAAGGAGUUCUGGCCCAACAUCAUCAACACUUGCUCUCCCUCCGAAUAGACCCCGCCAUCGGAAGCUACACGGAUGGCAAUCGCCUAGCAUACUCAGAAUGCUAUGCUAUGCCCAUGGACGACUUCAACCCACACGGCAACGGCUACAUCUCCAAGAUGUCAUUGGUUGAAAAGGCAGGCGGAAUCGACCUAGACUCGUCCAAAAGUCGCGUCUUCAUGAUCCAGAAUGCCCAGAUCACCAACACGGUCAACAAGAUGCCCAUCGCAUAUAAGAUUGUUGCUCCACCCAUGCAAAAGAUCCUGGCCCAUCCAGAUAGUUACCAUUUCAAACGUGCCGAGUUCGCCGACCACAAUAUCUAUGUCACCAAGUACAGGCAAGAUGAGCUGUUCUCGGGCGGAAAAUACACGAAUCAAAGUCGUGGUGGAGAAGGAAUCAAAAGCUGGGUAGCACGCGGCGACAGUGUCGUGGAUGAGGACAUCGUGGUAUGGGUGCAGUUUGGCUUGAACCACGUCCCAAGGAUUGAGGACUUCCCAGUCAUGCCCGUCGAGAUUCUCAAAGUCUCACUCAAGCCGGUCAACUUCUUUGACCGAAACCCCUCGGUCGAUGUGCCUCCCUCGCAGCAAAAUGUGAAUCAGUCAACAUUUGUACAUCGCGAUGCUACUGGGGGAGCAUGUUGCGCUGAAGGCCCAAAGCGUGAGCAGAGGCUCUAG